CUAGCCCUUCCAUUAGAAAUUACCAAAUUGCCCCUUAUCCUCCCUUCCUCUCGUCGUCUCUGCUCCUCUGCCGUCGCCGGCUGCCGCUAGGGUGGUGCCCGUGCUGCUGCUGCUCCAGCUCGCCGGACGUGCCGUGGCGGCGGUCCGUGAAGCGGAAUCUGGGCCCAGAGAAGGGGGAGGGUGACGAUGGCGAGGGGGAAUCUGCGUCGGAGUAGUGCGCGGCGCUUCGGAAGGCGAUGGCGGCCGCGCAGUCCAUAGCGCCGGCGCUGCGGGCCGAGGUUGAGGAGGAGCGCCUCGCCGUGGCCAGCGCCGAGGUCCGGAUGGAGCUCCGCUAGGGGAGGCAGGCGAGUUGGAGGAGGGAGAAGCACGAGGAGGUGCCCUGCAAGCCGAGCCGGGUGCACACAUCAUGCCCUGCCUGGGCUCUCGCACCGCGGCCAGCGGCAAGUACCAGCUCCUCCUUGAGUUCGUCUCUGGCGGGUCGCUCGCCGACGAGGCCGCUUGCUCGUGCGCUGGAGCGACAUGGACGACCUCCUUGCCGCCGACCAUCGGAUCGGGUACACGGACGUCAUGCCGGAGGUGCCCGCUCGGCUGCCCGCGGAGGCCAAGGACUUCGUGUCCUGCUGCUUCAAGAGGCGUGCCAGUGCCCGACCUACGGCUGUGCAGCUCGUCGCACACCGGUUCGUCGCCGCCGCUCGCGGCCUGGGCGCGCGACCGGCCAAGCAGGAGCUCUCCGCUGACGGGCGCGACCGAGGGAUCCCCAUUGCGGCAAAGGCGGCGAGCUCGAGGCCCAGUAGGAGGACACGGCGGCAGCGAGGCAGCGGCGGCGACGAGCAGCGCAUCCUCCAGCGGGUCCUCCAGCGCCGUGCCCGCUGCCGCCGCCGGUGAGCUCCCAUGGGUGGGGAACAGGAUGUUCUAUGAAUCAGGAUGUUAUAUGCACUAUUAGCUACCUAAAGAAGCCAGCAGAGCAUUGCCCAAGAUGUCCUUUGAGCUGCAGGAUCUGAAUGGUGGCUUUCCACAAAUCAGGCUCGCUGGCUCGGCACCAUGAAUGACUUGGAUUCAAGGUCACCAACAAGUAUGUGAAGACAGGAAGAACAACCCCCUGCACAAGAAGUUUAUGAUAGCUUUUUGCCUGAAAUAGGGUGGAAGCUAUUGCGCCUGAACCUGAUCCUAGGAUCGAGCUGAAUGAUGAUGAUGCACCAUGAAAACAAAAAAAAAUAUCUGAGUUCUUUGGGAAAGAACAAAAUGGAGGGCGCU